AUGUCGAUGUCGAAGAGCUCAAAGAUGCUCCAGUUCAUAAACUACAGGAUGCGAGUAACAAUCCAAGACGGAAGACAGCUCAUCGGCAAAUUCAUGGCCUUCGACCGCCACAUGAACCUCGUCCUCGGCGACUGCGAGGAGUUCCGCAAGCUCCCACCUGGUAAAGGCAGCAAGAAGAUCAACGAAGAGAGAGAAGAGCGCCGUACGCUCGGCUUAGUCUUGCUCAGAGGCGAAGAAGUCAUCUCCAUGACAGUCGAAGGACCGCCUCCUCCCGAAGAGUCUCGCGCGAAGGCUGGAUCAGGGGUUGCUCUUGCCGGGCCUGGAUUGGGCCGUGCUGCUGGACGUGGAGUACCUACAGGCCCGCUUGUUCAAGCUCAGCCUGGGUUGUCUGGGCCUAUUCGUGGAGUUGGUGGGCCUGCGCCUGGGAUGAUGCAGCCUCAGAUCUCUCGGCCUCCGGUUAUGAGGCCUCCGGGGCAGAUGAUUCCGCCUCAGCCUCCGGCUUUUGGUGGUCCUCCUCAGAUGGGGAGAGGUCUUCCUCCUCCGAAUUACGGUAUGAGGCCACCGCCGCAGUUUGGUGGACCGCCGCCGCCUCCGUAUGGGCAGAGGCCUAUGGGUCCUCCUCCUGGUGGUAUGAUGAGAGGGCCUCCUCCACCUCCUCAUGGGAUGCAGGGACCGCCUCCUCCUCGCCCUGGAAUGCCUCCUUCGGGUGGUUUUGCUCCUCCUCGUCCCAACAUUCCGCCACCACCGAAUCAGCAGCAGUGAUUGGGUUUAACGUGUCGCUCUUUCAUGUCGCAUCUCUGAUCUAUCUAAACUCUGUAUAUUUGUUAACGUGUAAAACUUAAAACCUUGUUUGGGGAGCUGUGGCGAACACAUUCAGCUUUUUGUGGAUGACAAAGAACUUGUGGACGCAUCAAAAGAUUAAAGUGUGGACUAUUCGGAUUACCUUUAUGUCAGGCUUAUGAAUUUUGGAUAUAUAAAGUCAUUGUCUGUUUGGAAUCUCUUACGAAAGAAACAGUUUUUAUCUAGCUUUGGACUUGUAGGAAUCUUGUCUCUUCACUAUCUGCCAGUGUUACUUUUCUGAGGACUGAUCAAGUUUAUUAGCUGAUAAAAUCGAAUCCUUCAACUUUUA